GAGCUGCAUUUGCUGACCGAAUGCUUGCUUUCCUUUCAGCUCCCUGUCCUUGAAAGUGUAAUGUUUUAAAACCCAGUCAUUGCAUGUGCAGUUUCAACCACAGGGAGAUAUUUUGGGGUCCUGUGGAAAAUUGCAACAGCUUGGAAUACAAAGAGGAAUAUAGCUGUAUUUGAACACUGGGAAGCUGGAGUGGUCACCACAGCACUGCUACGAUCUCUGCAGAGAGACAGAAGAGAAGUAUCGCUUUACAACAUUCUAUAUAUGUGUUUUUCAAAACCCUGUGGACCUUGAUUAUGAGAAACCAUCAAAUUCCUGCUAGCAGAGUCGAUGCCUUGUGCUCAGGAAUAGGAGCUUCAUGUCCAGGUAGUGACUCUUCUUCAGCUGUCAGCUCUGAGCAUCAGAUGAAGAACAAACAUCAUUUCACCAAAAGAAGAGACCCCAGUGACAUAUGGACCAUGAACCAAGCAGCCAACAUCAGAACAAGUGUGUGCGCGUUCCACAGGUUGGGCAACAGCAAACACAAUGACAACUAUUAUGCAGACAAAUCAGUGAUUGCGCGGCCCAUAUUUGUUUUCAAGAAGAAGGAAUGGCCUUGCAAGAGGCCUGCAGAAAACCCUGUUUACAAGACUGAAAAUGUUUUCAUUGGUUGCUCCAGAAAACGUGCAAGAUCCUCAUCUUUUUCUUUCCAAACUUCAGACUUCCAGUCCUACAGAGAAACUGUGCUGUCCAACAAACGGAUUAGAUCAUCUUCCUUUACUAUUCUUCCAACAUUUCCACCAUCCCAGCCAGUAAAGAAGAAUAAUAUAUUCAUGACCUCUGUGUUACAACAAAAGAGCAUGGAUGUGGAAGACACCGAAAAAGGUAUUUCAUCCACAAAUGUACAGCGAGAUGUUUUAAGGCCGGCCAUCUUACAGCCUCCACAAACUCCUAUGUAUAGACAAGAAAACACGAUAAGCACUAAAAAUGUUUUGGAGGAUAAACAUAAAACAGAGGUAUCUGAAAACACUUAUCGCAGGAUGGACAGCUCAGAAAAGCCUAAAGUAAUAGGCAACCAGCUACCUGAAGGCAGAACCUUUUCAAACAGCAGACAUUCUAAUUUUGUAUUUGGGGAAAAUAUAGUAGAAAGAGUUUUGAGGCCUGAGACAUUCCCAGAGCUGCAUUCUGAAACCAAGCUGCAGAAUGAAAAAGAAUCUUCAUUCACAGUUGACUUUCAUACCAGUUCCCCAUUGAGAACAUCAGUUUUUGCCAAGAAUACAACACUAGCUGAAUCAGCUGCUGCUUACAUUUCUAACAAACCAGCACAGAGAUUUUUAUUAGAUAAAGUUGAAGUAACCACAGGAGAAGAAGCAGAACACAAUGUGUUGCAGAUCCACUGCAGGCUUUUUAGAUUUAAUAAGGCAUCGUUGUCCUGGACUGAAAGAGGCAGCGGCUGCCUGAGACUUAAUGAUACGUCCAGCAAUCAAUGUGGAAUGCUACAGUCUAGAUUGGUCAUGCGAAAUCAAGGAAGUAUGAGGCUUAUUCUUAACAGCAAACUCUGGACUCAGAUGGUCAUAGAAAGAGCAAAUCGGAAGAGUCUCUGCAUCACAGCAACAGACCUGGAGGAUUGUUCUAUCAAGGUGUUUCUAAUACAGGCAAGCUCCAAAGAUGCUGACUCUCUGUACGCAGCCAUCCAUCACCGCCUGGUUGCGCUGAGAAGCUCUGCUGAGCAGGAAGGUAAUGCCAACCAGGUGGAGCCAGAGACAGAUCUCCAGCCACCCAACUGUGACAGUGAUGAUGAAGAGAAUGAAGAAGUGACUCAAGUAAAACACAAGUCAGAUCAUUCUCAAUGGAUUCGCAGACAACCAGCAGUCUGUUCAUAACAAUUUUCUACCUCCAAUACAAGCUACAAGAAUGGAAAGUCUUGUUAAAAUACUGCAAGUGAUCUCAUAGCAUCAACAAAUGAGGAAAUUCUGUGUAUUUUUGCUAUAAUUAAAGGACAAGAAUGAACUUUUCAAGGUGGACGUAGGAGUACUUAAAAGUUCAUGGAAGAUGCACUUUAAGCGUUCCAGUCAAUAUUCCUUUUAUUCAAAUAGGAAUAUGAGAAUGGCCCCAAUUCUUUGAGAAACGAUUUUUUAAGCUUUGUAAUGAAUCAACUUUAAGGGCAAUAUUAAAGGAAAAGAUAAACUUAAUCCAGGUUCACUCAUCAUAUUGAUGGAAUUCAUCAUUUAUCUAUGAAUUACUGAAUGUGUUAUUUCUACAUAGAUUUAUCUACAGAAGGGCUAUCCAUAAAAAUCUGCGUAGUAUCCACUUUGGGCACAGUUGUUAUAAAUACUUUUUUAAUGUUCAAAGUCUGAUAUUCAGCAUAUGAUAUUUGCACCUUUUCCCCCCAUGCACAGAACCCUAGUUUAGGUAACUACCCCAAUCCAACAAAUACAAUCUGAAUGUAGAAACAAAUGUUUGCAGGUGCAUAUACCAUAAAGGUAAAGUGUGCCAUCAAGUCGGUGUUAACUCCUGGAGACCACAGAGCUGCACAAAACCCUUUUUUGUACGUGUGUGUGAGGAAGACUGAACUGAGCAACAUGGGGAAAACAGACACAGGUACAUAGGAAGCUGCCUUAUACUGAGUCAAACCAUUGGUCCAUCUAGCUCAGUAUUGUCUUCACAGACUGGCAUCAGUUUCUCCAGGGUUGCAGGCAGGAGUCUCUCAGCCCUAUCUUGGAGAUGCCAGGGAGGGAACUUGGAACCUUUUGCAUGCAAGCAUGCAAAUGCUCUUCUCAGAGCAGCCUCAUCCCCUAAGGGGAAUAUCUUGUGGUGCUCACUCAUGUAGUUUCCCAUCCGAUUGCAAACCAUGGUGGGCCCUGCUUAGCAAAAAGGACAGUUAAUGCUUGCUACCACAAGAACAAUGUGAACGAUGGGACUGGGACUAUGGGAUUGUCCCACAGACACCCCUUGUUGCUUAUGCCUUGGACACUGCUUUUCAGUGGUCAGCAGUCUACUUUGGAUUGAGCCAAAUGUCUGUGUAUAAUCAAUGCAUCUAAACUAUUUAAAAGAUAAUUUUCUUUAUAAGAUAAGCCAUAUUACUGGCUAUUAAUAUUGUGUUGAGAGCAAGAGAUCUCGUUCUGCUGCAACAUCAUUGCAAGGUUUGCUGAAGACUGUGAGCAAAAUUAUGCUUGGAGUUUUCAGGUUAGCAUGUAACAAGCCAUUGUUAUUACAAAUGCAUCUUGUUAGCCUUUUUAUUAUUAUUAAAUAUGCAGUUACAUAGACAGUUGUAUCAUUUGCAUGUGCAAAGGGAUAAACCAGAAAUAUUUCUCAGUCUCAACUACUCCUGAAAACUUUGCCUUACAUGGAUGAGAUAUCCUAAUGCUAAAGGUAAAAGCUUUAUUAUUAACUAGAGGCAAACUUAAAAGCAAAUAUGUUGUUUACUAAGAAUGUACCUCUCAGCUUAGCACACACAAUGGUCCAAAGAGUGUGUCCAAACUGACUGACUAAUACAAACUAGUCUGUAAACUACUGGAUUUUUAGAAGAAAGAAAUGCAAGGGCUUAGGGAAAAAGUUGGCUGGCAUCCAGACUAAUGUUGUGUGUGUGGAAUAAUAUUUUGCACAUCCAGUAGGGGAGGGGCGAUUUUCACUAAUCUCUUGCUUUUGCAGUCCCUCCAUGCCUCCUGAAAAUAUUUCCCUGAUAGUCCCAAUGCCCUCGGGGACAUGUCUUCAGGAGGCAUAGGGGACUGCAGAGGGAAGAGGGGACUGGCAAAAAAUUUCCCUCCCUCAGCAUGCACAUUAGUCUAGAUGUCAACCAUCAUAUCCAGUGGCAGUUCCCAGUGGCUAAUGCAUCCUCCAUGAGUCAGUACAUGAAGCUCAGCCAUCUUUUGUGUGUCUAGAAAUAUAAGGGGUGUGUGUGAAUAAAUAACAUGAAUUUAAGUAGCAUCAAAACUGCUUAUUCCAGAAACAUUAACACACAACAUUUUCCAGUGUGACCACUUCCUGUCUUAACACAUUAAUUCCAGUGACAUAAGGACAUAGGAAGCUGCCAUAUACUGAGUCAGACCAUAGGUCUAUCUAGCCCAGUAUUGUCUACACAAACUGGCAGCAGCUUCUCCAAGGCUGCGGGCAGUAAUCUCUCAGCCCUAUCUUGGAGAUGCCAGAGAGGGAACUUGGAACCUUCUGCUCUUUCCAGAGCGGCUCCAUCCUCUGAGGGGAAUCUCUUACAGUGCUGACGCUUCUAGUCCCCCAUUCAUAUGCAACCAGGGCAGACCCUGCUUAGCUAAGGGAACAAGUCAUGCUUGCUACCACAAUACCAGCUCUCCUCUAUCCAAGACAAUGAUUGAGAAGCUUUUUUAUUCUACCAGAGAAAAAGGUUUUUGAUAAUGCGUGUAGUCAAUUAUGCACCAUAUUUAUUCACCAGUUUAUAGGUUCAUCCACUAUGUCUGUGCAACUGUUUCUGAACAAUUCGCACCACUUGUACAAUUUUUUUGAUAAACAAUUGUCUCCAUAUUGUGCACACAUUUUACAGAAAAUUUGACUUGGUUUAACUCCUUUUGACAAUAAAAAUUGAAUCUGACAGAGGAGCCACCAUUUUGAAAACUCUGUGACAAUAUUGCCAACUUUAUAUGGACACAAUGGCCUCUUCUCACAACCAGUGAGAAGGACUAGAGGGUGGGCUGUGGGGAAGGCUGGUUAAACCUACCUUCCCCACAGACGAGCAGUCCUUCCUUGGGCAGGCAGAUCACCCGCCCAGAUGAGCACUAGCUCCAAGGGUCGGGGUGCCAGGAUGCACCGCAUUAUUAGGAUACCCGACUCCCCGAGCUGUCACUGACACAUAAUUGGCAAAACGGGGUUAGGAGAGCGCUCACUUUCCGACCCCCCUUUUGAGGAGAGGCUCCACAAGUGGGUUUGCCGCCGGGAUCGGACGUGAGCCUGGCGGUUCACACACACAUGCAAAACCAGGCUGGGCUCCCUUAGCCUGGUUUUGCACACACGUCUGAAUGGCCUCUAUGAGUACUAUGUUCAGACACGAAUAAAGGUAUGUAGGAACUUGGUCCUCUAGCUGUUGUUGAACUCCCAGUUCCAUAAUCCCCAGACACAAUUUAUUGGAGUUGGAGUUCAACAACAGCUGGAGGGCCAAGUUUGCCCACCCUGUGUGUCGUAAUUGGUAUGUAGUGGGUAUAUAUGGCUGCAAAAAAAAAAAAAAAAAAAAGUAACCCCCUUAUUUAUUGAAACACGCCCCCCCCCCCACACACACUUUGUAUAUGUUUCUCUUAGUUUACAGAAAACACUUCUCAUGUGAAAUUUUAACAUCAUUCUUCCUCACUGCUCUCUUGCUGUGAUGGGCUAUUUCUGCCCCCAUUUUACUUAUCAUGAAUUAGGACUGCUAUCCAAAAUCCUUUUAUUAUUUAUUUAUUUAUUUAUUUACACAGACAGAUGUUAUUGACUGGUUUGUUUUAUCCAGACAUCGAGUCCUUCCCAAGGACCUGGGAUGGCUGAAUUUUAUUAUUUUUAUUACAGCAAUGUUGUUGCUGCUGUUAUAGAUAUUGUCGCAGAAUAUAGGCUGUUCCCAGUAAAGCUGCUUUUUGUAAUUGGCUGCUGGUGAUUUCUGUGGCCCCUAUGGUGUUGAGGUGUUCUUCAAGUUGUUUUGGAAUUGCACCUAGGGCGCCAAUUACCACUGGGAUUAUUUUGGUCUUCUUUUGCCACAGCCUUUCAAUUUCAAUUUGUAGAUCUUUGUAUUUGGUGAUUUUUUCUAUUUCUUUUUCUUCUAUUCUGCUAUCCCCUGGUACUGCUAUGUCGAUUAUUUUGACUUGUUUUUCUUUCUUCUCGACUACAGUUAUAUCUGGUGUAUUGUGUGGCAGAUGUUUGUCUGUCUGUAGUCGGAAGUCCCAUAAUAUUUUUGCAUCUUCAUUUUCUACAACUUUUUCAAUUGCAUGGUCCCACCAAUUUUUGGCUACAGGUAGCUUGUAUUUUUUGCAGAUGUUCCAGUGUAUCAUCCCUGCAACUUUGCCAUGCCUUUGUUUGUAGUCAGUCUGUGCGAUCUUUUUACAACAGCUGAUUAGGUGGUCCACGGUUUCAUCCGCUUCUUUACAAAGGCGGCACUUGCUGUUUGUGGUUGAUUUUUCGACUUUUGCUCUUAUUGCAUUUGUUCUUAGUGCCUGUUCUUGUGCAGCCAAUAUUAAACCCUCUGUUUCUUUCUUCAAGUUGCCAUUCUUAAGCCAUUGCCAGGUCUUGCUGAUGUCUGAUUUUCCACUUAUAUUGUGCAAAUAUUGACCAUGCAGUGGCUUAUUUUUCCAUUUUUCUGCUUGGUUCUUGACUUGUUCUUUCUUAUAGGCCUGCUUUGUUUCAUUGGUGUUGAAUAGUUUCUCAUUAUUGACCAUUUGAAGUGCAUCUUCUUCACUGUCCUUGAUAUAUUCUUCAAGGCCUCUUUUCUCCUCCUCUACUGUUUGAUGGACUUGCAGCAUUCCUCUUCCACCUGAGCUGCGAGGGAGGUAUAGCUCAGGGAUUCUCAACGUUGGGCCCCCAGAUGUUCUUGGACUUCAACUCCCAUAAAACCCAACCAAAGGUCACUGGGGCUAGGGAUUAUGGGAGUUGAAGUCCAACAAAAUCUGGGGGCCCAACGUUGAGAAUCCCUGGUAUAGCCUAUCUACAUCACUGCGGGGGCGCAGAGCAUGAUGGUCAUUAUUUUCCUGGUCUUACGAUCUAGCAUCUCUAGCUCUGCCUGGGUCCAGUCUAUUAUUCCUGCAGUGUAUCUGAUAACAGGUAUAGCCCAGGUGUUUAUGGCGUGUAUGGUGUUCCCACCAUUGAGUUUGGACUUGAGGAUUUUUCUAACUCUCCUGAUGUAUUCACUUCCAAUUUUUCUUUUAACUUCAGUGUGUGCGAUGUUACCAGCCUGGAGAAUGCCCAAGUAUUUGUAAUGUUCUUUCUCUUCCAGGUUCUUGAUCUUGCUUCCACUGGGCAGUUCUAUUCCUUCUGUUUUUCUUAUUUUUCCUCUGUUCAUUAUUAAUGCAGCACACUUGUCUAGUCCAAACUCCAUUGCUAUAUCGCUACUGAAUAUACGGACAGUGUUUAGCAGUGAUUCGAUUUCUAACUGGGUCUUUCCAUACAACUUCAGAUCGUCCAUGUACAGCAGAUGGUUGAUUUGACUUGAUGUUUUAGAUGUUUGGUAUCCGAGGCCUGUUUUGUUUAGUAUUUGUGAAAGUGGGGUCAUGGCGAUUACAAACAACAGAGGGGAUAGUGAGUCCUCUUGGAAAAUGCCUCUUCUAAUGCUAACCUGUCCAAGUGUCUCACCAUUGAUUGUUAACUGUGUACUCCACAUGCUCAUUGCUUUUUAAAAAAUAAAUAUCUGAAUGUUUUUGCUGACACCAGUUGUUUCUAAACAUUUUAGUAUCCAUGUGUGAGGCUAUGAGUCAAAGGCUUUCUUGUAGUCAAUCCAUGCAACACUUAGAUUGGUUUUUCUUCUCUUGCAGUUUUCUAAAAUCAUUUUGUCAAUUAGCAGCUGGUCUUUUGUACCCCUGGUGUUCGGGCAAUUUCCUUUCUGUUCAACUGGAAGCUGUUUGUUAGUUAAUAAGUGUUGCAUCACUUCAUCUGCUAUUAUUCCAGUUAAUAAUUUGAACAUGGUUGUUCAAAUGGUUAUUAUUAUUAUCAUGGUUGUUGUUAUUAUUUAUUUGAUUUUGCCUUUUGAUAGCCCUUCUAAAAAUCAACCUCUAUUUUUGGGUGGGAAAAUCUAUGGCCCAAGUCUAACCAUGUCCAGAAAUGGGUUUUUUUGAGUUCCUAUAUAAGAGGCCUCCAUCACAGCAAGACUGUGAGGCUAUUCUCACGACCAGUGAAAAUCGGGCUAGGAGAGCCUAGCCCGAUUUUCGCUGGUUGUGUAAACCACCGGGCUCACAGGCAAGCCCGGUGGUUUACAAGCAGGUAAUCCGCUGAUUUGCCCCUACCCUUAAACCCACUUUGCGGAGCAAGCGCUCCACAAACCCGGUUUUUAAAAUCGUGUGUUGCUGCAGCGCAACUCCCCGCCACGGCAAUUCAUGAGUAGACCCUCGACCAGAAGGCUAAAAAGCAGCCUCCCGGCUCGGGGGGUCUCUCCAGCAUGCCCUUGCGCUCACGCACGGCAUGCUGGAACUUCUGGGGGCCACGUGGCCCCCGAUCCCUGCAGCCCCCGCUGGCUCCAUGACGGAGCUGACAGUCAUGUGGGCGGCCGAUCUGGCUGCCCAGGGCUCUGCAGGAGCUCAUCUGCAGGGAGAGCGGGCUAAGCCCACUCUGCCCACUUAACCCCAUCUAGCGGUUCCCACUGAUUGUGGAAACCAGCUCUGUACUUCUUACUCCAACUUCCCUGCUGGUCUCCAUUGUCCAAGAUGAAACUAUCCUAGAGCAAGCUCUCUAGGAAUUCUGCAUGUAAUUCACGUGCCUGGCACUCUUGUGGAGUCACAAGAGUGAAUCCACAAGAGUAACAGCAACAGUCCUCCCUGUUGCUGUUAGGGAGCAUUGGAGGAGGCCAAUACCCAGCACCCAAAAAUAGGGCUCUUGACCCAUCUAUGGGCCUCAGAUUCUACCAAACCUUACCAGAUACUGGCUGAACCCAUGAGUCUAAAGUUUAGUGAUUUGUUCAGAUUUAUCUAGCAAUUCCAUCACUGAGAGAAUUACAACCCAAGUUCAAUUCAUUUGACUAGAUUAGGCAUUCCCAUCCUUGAGUCCACAAAUGAUGUUGAACUACAACUGCCAUCAUCCCCAGCCAUAAUAACCUUUAGCCCAGUUGUAGUCCAAGAACAUCUGAAAACCAAGCUGGGGGAUCCCUGACCUAGACUAUUAUAGCCUCAUUCAAUCCAUCUUGCUCAUCUCUUUUUAUAUAAUUGAUAAAAGUAUUAAUAAUCUACCUCCAACAGUUUAUAGAGAUUUAUAAAUGGGGAGCUGAAAAGGUGCUUUCACAUUGAGCAAUAGUAUGUUCAUCAAACUGUAACCGUCCAAAUUGUGCCGACAGUGCAUAACGGCCCAAUUCAGAUGCCAAAUGGAGCCAGGAUUCGAUCCUGGUUUUGCACUAUAUUCCCUAGGCUUGGGUAUGUGCUGCCGACUUUCCUUCAUGCACAAGUUAGGAGGAGGAUUCUACUUCUGAUUCUAGCUUAAAACAGCCCAGGAUCUGUCAUGGCUUCUGAACCAGGUGAUCUUGUCUGAAAAUAAACCAGGAUCUGAAGCUGAGAUACAAUCCAGCUUCAGAUCCUGGUUUAUUUGCAAACUUUUGGUUUAUCUGCAAACUUGGAUGUCCAACUAGGCCGAUGUGUAGGGAACAGUUAAGAUAAUUGUUUCCUAAGAGUAAUUACAUCAAGUUCUAGGUGUUUUCAGCCACAAGCAUGUUCUCUGCACUUCGCCAAAAGUUAGCAUUUGUAUGGAGAGAAGUUAGCUAAAGGUGCCAAAACUGAAGUGAUGCCUUUAAGCUUCUACAAGGAAUGUAUGCGUUUUUUGGUGUGGUAUCCACUAUUAACAGGGAUUGAGUACAGCCAUCAAAUUGCUAUGGUGGUCCACAGCUUUGGAAUCCAUGCAAAUGACCAUGGAAUGGAUGCAUAAAUACAGCAAAGGCAAAGCCCAUCAAUGUAAUUUACCAGCUCACACUAUUACAUCCCUUCCUUUAAACUAUCACCCAUAAGGCAGAUAAACUCUGGAGCAGUUUUUGAAUAGUUCCUAUCAAAAUACAAAGCCAUAAACCAUAAAUAAGCUUCGGCUGUUUGCAAAGCACAGCAGCCAAACUAUUUAGCAACAGGUCAUAGUGAGGAUAUUGUACCACUGAGUCUCUUUGAUCUAUUCCUGCUGCCCUCAAACUCCCAGCCCAAUUCAAGGUCUCUGAUCUUGCAGUCAAAAUCUUGCAAUGAGCCUGUCUGAAGAAUCUACAUACCUCACAUCCCUUCUCCAUAAAUAAGCAUGGUGCCACAUGCACUGCCCUACAAAUAGAUUUCACUUAUUCUAACAAUACAACACCUAACCUGUAUCUAGAAGGCACAUUUUGAUGCCAAUCAAUCUCACCCCCAGAACAGAUUAUACCACUUAUUUCCAUAGGGAAAAAAUACAGAAUGUACUGACGCACAAACUCAAACUUACGUCUCCAAGUUUAUUUGAAUCACGGGAGAAAAGCAGAGUAGAAAAAUGCAAUUGAUAAACACAUGUACUUGAAAGUUGUUCCUAGGGAUUUCAGGGGCACUUACUUCCUGGGACAUGUUAAAGUCUACUCAUAAAUACAGGCACACUCAAACUUUGCACUAAAUAAGCUAUUAUUACAGGUUGUGAAAGAAUGCAAAUAUUUUAUUGCUUGUUUUUAGCUAAGUGGGGAGAAAAUUAAAAUACUAUAGUAAAGAGGCCAUGUGAUUCCAUCAGCAGAGCUAUACAAAUGCUAUGAAAUUUUAUUCUUAAUAACUUGGUACUUUUUUAAAAAUCACUUUUUAAAAAGUUGCUCAUUUAGUAGUAGUAAUUAUUAUUGUUGUUGUCCUAUCAUUCAGUUCUUUUAAAUUACAAUAUAUUAUUAUAUAACAAGUUACCUAAUUUUUUCAUAUUCAGUGUCUUGGAUAUUAUAUAAUAAACAAGGAAAAAAAUAAAGUAUUAACACAGACAAUGGGGGGGAAAAUCAGUCUUGACUGUCUCCUUCAGCACUUCUUGUUUCAAAUAUUGUAUGUGUUUUUCCCUAAAAAUUUAGAAGAUGCUGCUGUCAUUUUGAAAAACAUUAUUAUAUUGCCUUUGAAUUAAAUGAUUUAAAUUAAUGCAGGUAUCUCUCCUUCCUUAUUAAACACCUUUCUUUUCUUCUUUAUUGAUAUUUGAAAGUAUUGGUUCAAAAUCUGUUAUAGAUGUAGACAAAGGCAUAUAAAAAUAGUUAUUAAUCAUUA